CUAACGUUACGCCAGUAGCUAGCUAAAGUCUGCAGUUCGGAUUUAGGUAACAAUAAAAACAGAAAGGAAACACAAGAAGUAGCGUAACACUGACACAGACUGCAACAUUUAACUAACUGCUCAGGCUGGCUGCCGUGAGAAGGAAACAGUGGAGGACAAAAAAGUCGCUCGGAGAUGCCCCAAGGGUGCCAUGACUCUGACCAGAGGAUCUUUCACCUAUGCCAGUGGGGAAGAGUACCAUGGCGAGUGGAAAGAAGGUCGCAGGCACGGUGUUGGUCAGCUCAAGUUUCAGGAUGGGACAUGCUACACUGGGCAGUUUGAGAAUGGACUCUUCCAUGGCUCUGGUGUACUGCUCUUUACAGAUGGAUCCAGGUACGAAGGAGAAUUUGCACAUGGAAAGUUUCAAGGUACGGGAGUCUUUAGUCGAUACGAUGGCAUGAGGUUUGAAGGAGAAUUCAAAGACGGACGUGUUGAGGGAUACGGGCUAUUGACUUUCCCAGAUGGAGCUCAUGGUGUCCCACGAAACGAGGGCUUGUUUCAAAACCACAAGCUGCAAAAGAGAGAGAAGUGUCCGGGAGUGGUGCAGCGUGCACAGGCCUCAGCCUCCAACGCUCGCAGUCUGGCACUCUGACCAUCAUGGACCCUGAUGGAGACACGGUCAGGGUUCCAGCACCUUCCAGGAGGGCCUCAGGGAUGUGUACUUGUAUGCUCCCCUCCAGCUCUUCUGUCUGUGUCUUUCUCUCUUUUUCCACCAUCACAUUAUUUUUUCUUUUUAUGCAUAUUCCUUGCUUCGCCCUCACAGCAGCUUGGAAUGAACAUGCAAUUUGACCAAAAUAAUGGCUUUCGGUAUGACUGACUUGAAAUGCACAACGCCAUGAAGCACACCUGUAACUUCUCAAGUUACGUGAACAGCAAACGCUGCUGUUUUUCUCUUGUUCUGAUUCUUGUACUGAUAAACAGUGUCUCAGUGUUUUACAGAAGUUAGCUUUCAUCCAUCACAUAACUUUUGAUUGAGGCCAAUUCUUACCAUGUUAUUGCACAUCUGAUCAUUGUACUGCGAAGAGUGUCUUAGCGUUUUACAACUGUUAGCCUUCAUGCAUUAAGUAACUGAAUAUGGGAGGCCUGUUUUUACCAUGUUACUGCACAUCUGGUCAUUUAAAGAGGUUUCUUCUCCUGCAUUAGGAGGAGGUGUAAAGUAGGUCUGUAUGCCGAAGACUUUAGCUACUAAUUAGACAACAUCACUUAAGAAAUUCUGCAAGCCAUUACAACAAAGUACCCUGUGGAUGCACAUACAUUUGCACAUGUGCACACAUUCUUGCCAGUGUUUCACAGUGUUCUGCUGAUUGACAGCUGGUGGUGUUGACGAACAAAGAAACGUAGCAAUGCAUCCACAAAGCCAGUGAAGAAGAAGACCGCAAGCUGGCAAAUAUGGACCUAAACAAUGAAGGCUUUAAAAAAUUUCAGAAUAUUGGCUUUACAAAUGCUUUAAUAGUAAGGAAAUGCAUCCAACACAUUUGUCAGGCCUCAAAGAUACACAAAGUGCGUUUUUAUAAAAAACUGAAUGUAAACAUAAUUUUUGUUUGUUUACAAUUACACUCCACAGGGCACCUUUAAAAUCUCAUCUUAAUUAACAGUGCUGCUGCAAAUUUUAAUAAUUUAAGGAAUGCAUUUUGUCACAGGUGUUUCUCCUUUUAGAGGAUCAGUAUUCACAUUUGCCUUAAAAACAUUUUGGUAUAAGAGUAUAGUUCAAGGGUGCCCAUCUGAAAUUCAGAUGACGCACAGUGCCCUCUCUUUUCCUUCUCCUCUGCAUUAUUUGCCCUAAGGUGUCUGUCAGCCUAAUGAAUUUGAGGUCCGCUUGAAGAUUGCCUUCACUCUGAGAGAUAUGUUGCUAAGCUGGUGCUGGGUUUCAACUCCCAUCACUUGCAAGUCCAGCAGCUCUCCCCUCUCCAAUAAACCUCCCACUCCCUGUGGAAAUCAUUUGAGAGAAGAUUUAACUCAGUUGGGUCGUCCUCUCAUGUUUUCCCCUGUCUAACCUGAAUACCUGGAUGACUGAACAUCCUCAAAGCUGAUAAAUCAUCAUAAUUUAAUGCAUUCAAUUUAGUGACAUAAUUGAGGCAGCUGAAAGAAAGAAUUUAUAAAUCAGAACUAUAUUUAAGAGUGCGUAAUUCUAACGUGUUGUUCUGUGAAGUGUAUAGAUAUUCAUUGUCAUUGAUUGUGAUUUUUCUGACCUUUCAAAUUAAUAGAGAGAUAAUUAGAAAUAAUUCUUUGAUUGGUCGGCUAGAAAAUGGUGUCACUGAGUAAUUUAAGACAGUUUGGUCGAGUAUUUUGAGGUGUUAAGAAUUUAUUAAUCAUUAUAAAUCACAGGUAUUCUGUGAUUACAGAUUAAUUCAAUGUACUUGAAAUGUUAAUAGGCCUUACAAAGCAUUUGUAGACAUGGCUUGUCUAGGGUUGCUUACAUAGUACUUCAACCAAAGACAAUCAGAUGAUAUUAUAGGUAAGGAAGCCUGGAACGUGUUAUUUCUUACAGCUCUAGUGCGCAACAAAAACAAAAGGACCGAAGACUAAACAGGGAAUUGAUAUGAGAUUCUGUUGUAAAUAUUUCUGAAGUCUCUAGCCUGGAUUAUUUGCAGUUAGUGAUUUUCAUUGUUGUUAUACUCUAUGAAGAAAAGAAAAAAUCAAUACUCAAUAUUGUGAGCCUAUUCUCUUGACUGCUUUGACUACACCGUUUGGUACGGCAAUGUGCUACAAAGCACAGUCUGAAAGAAUUAAGGUAACAGAAAAGCAGACCAGUGCAUGCUUCAGAACAGCUAUCUACAAGCACACAAUGAUUGUUCAAUGUUUGCUGUAUGUGCAAAGUGUAUACAUUUAAGAUCAUGUAAUAUUAUUUCUCCUUUCCACUAUGUUGGAGACAACACCUGCUCAAGCCUUCUUUGCCUACACACUCCUGCCUGAGUGGAAUUGAAUACAAUGGAAUACCACAUCCAUUUCCUACUGGAAACAAAUGGUGCUUUAAAAGCGUGCCUGUCCAGACUUUCACCUGCCUGGAAAAUAUCAUCGCCAUGGUUACCUUUUUUUCAGUAACAAUAUAAUGUUGCUUUGAGUGCUCUUAGAGAAAACUACUGCACAGUAUCCUCUCAUUCUCCUGGAAUAGGUUUGAGUAUAUAUCACUUAGGUGGUAAACGGUUGAUGUGUUUAAUAAAGCCUUGUGUUGAAAAAGAAACAUGUUUUUCUUUGGAUAUUGCAGCACUGGGUUUGGACAUAGUGGCAUUAAAAAAAUCGCUCACUUAUAGAUGAUUUUACAGCCAU